UAUGGAUUUAUGAUGAUGCAAUGGAUAGAGAUCCAUUGGGUGAAACAAAAAAAACAUAACGUACGUGGCUGCUCUAUAACGUGUAUAUAAACAUAAGCCAAAGAGAGUCGUGUUGUACUGUGUUUAAGUGAAGUGAGCUGUAGAAGCUUAGAGAUAGAGAGAGAUCAUAUGAAGAUGAGAGGAUCUGAUCAGAAGAUUCUUCUUCUGAUUGUUAUGGUGGUUGUAGCCGCGGCUCGAGGUGAAGACCCUGGUGGGUUCGUGACAUGGAACGACAAUUUCUACUUAACUUGGGGACAUAAAGCUUUGGUUCUUAAGGAAACCUCUGAGCUCGACCUCACCCUCGAUCAUAACUCUGGGUCCGAGUUUGAAUCCUAUUUGAUGUACGGAUCAGGAUCUUUCAACAUGAGAAUUAAGGCACCCAAAACCAAGUCUACGGGAGUUAUUACUUCCUUCGACUUAAUCUCCCUAUCAAGCCGCCGUGACGGGCUCUGUUUCCAGAUUCUGGGAAAUGGCACAACGUAUCUGCUGAAUACAAAUAUGUUGCUGCUCGGCGAAGGAGGCAAAGAUCAGAGGUUUCGUCUUUGGUUUGAUCCAACCAAAGAUUAUCAUUCCUAUAGGUUUCUUUGGAACCCACACCAGCUUGUGUUUUAUGUAGACGAUACACCAAUCCGUGUGUAUAGGAAGAAUCCAGACACUUACUACCCAACGAAGCAGACGAUGCUCCUACGUGGGAGUGUGCAAAACGGAUCUGUAAUUGACCCUAAGCAGAUGCCUUACAUAGCUAAGUUCCAGGCACCAAAGAUCGAAGCGUGUGAAACCACGUUCAUGUACUUAAAGAAUUGCGCUGAUCCUAAGUUCUGGUGGAACCGCAAAGAGAAUUGGCAGCUAAGCUCUAGAGAGAAGAAACUGUACAUGAAUGCAAAGAAGCUUCACCUUGCUUACGACUAUUGCUCUGAUAGAACGCGAUAUCCAAAGGCUCCUCAAGAAUGCAGAAGUUACGCUUAGAGAAUAUAUGCAAUUAACUGUCAAAUUGUCAUCUUGGUGGCAUUUUUUUGGGCAUUCAAUUGAUUAAAAUGUUUGUUGUAAGUUCAAUCCCCGAGAGGUUUUAUAUAUUUAUAGUAUUUUUGUGAUUUUUUUUCUUUUUCUCAUCAUAUCCAUCUUAAAUUUCUCAUCUUAUUACAAUUUUGAUCAAAUAAUAUCCAUUUGAGAUUAUUUUGUUUAUUCAAACAAAUAUGAAAAGAGCA